CACUUGUCGUCGGACCGUUCCCCGGGACGGUCGCGUUUUUCCGGAGCUCCCCCAGGGCAGGCGCGCGCGCGCUCGUUAAGUCAGAACUUAUCUGCUGUGUGUGAACUAACUAAACCUCUCAGAAGAAGAGCUGAGCUGAAGUGGAUUUUUAAUCUUGGAUCGCCCAUUUUGGGGCCACACUUGCGUGCGUGUGCGGAGUUGAGUUCUAAGCUGUGAUCUCGAUUUGCUUUAAUAAAGUGUUGGAAGUGGUGUUCCUCAGACCGACGGGGUGACCGCAGUUCAAGUGGCUGAAAACGCUUUGGAUAAUCCGCAGUCUUUGGUGAAUGCAGCUGAGGAAGAGGUCGGGCUGUGACUGUUUCCGACACUGUAACUGCGAAAAAGGAGUGGCACAAGAAGUUCAAAAAGUUAUGACAUACAGCUAAACGAUGAGUGUUACAUAACCGAGAGAGGGUUAUUUGAAAUUCAACGGCACAAAAGUGGAGUUCUAAAGUGCGUAUUGAGAAGAAGAAUCGGAACAAAAACUGUGGCUAUUCCUCUGUGGUGUCGUCAGCAUCGUCAACGCCGUCAGUCGUCAAGUCCUAAAGGAUGGGGCCCGUCAAGUGGGCGGCACUUCUGGUCACGUUGUGCGUAACGGCACGAGGCGCCAAACUAGAAAAUAGUGAUAAACUAGCCUUAAACUUAGAAGUAAGAUCGUCUCCAGUAGCACUUGAAGAUAGUCCAUUAAGUAGAGUUAAGCGAAACAAAUUUCGGGGCCAAACCCAGUCACAGUACUUACAUUUCGGCGAUAAUCAAGACGGUAAAGCGGAAGCCGAAGCAACCCAUCAUGGAUCGAGAGCGGUAGUAGUGGGUUCCAGUGGCAUGGGUCAGGCCCAGAGUCAGUCUAUGGGCGGUGACUGUACUUCGUGCUACGGAGGAGGUGUUGACGGUGGAUCUUAUCUAUAUGAUGCCAGGCCUGACCCGUUGAGAAUACCCGAUGGCGGUGCUGGUGGUGCCAGACCAGGUGAUAGACUGAGACUUCCAGAUGGGUACGAUUACCGGGAGCCGGGAACUGGUGGUGCAGGUGAUGGACAUGGAAGACCCGGAACUGGGAGACCGGGCUACGGAGAUGGAAGCAGACCGGGGGUGGAUUCUUUUGGAAGACCCAUUGGUACUGAUGGAAGACCUGGCGGUCGUCCUGGCGAUAGUGUUGGUCCAGGAGUAGAUUCGUUUGGACGACCUUUGGGACCUGGAGGUCGGCCUGUUGACACUACUGGUGGAACUGGAGUAGAUUCCUUUGGCAGACCAUUGGGACCUGGAGGUCGGCCAGCGGACACAACAGGUGGUCCCGGACUAGAUUCAUUCGGUAGACCGUUGGGACCUGGAGGAAGACCGAUUGACACGACAGGGGGAACUGGAGUUGAUGCGCAUGGAAGACCAUUAGGACCUGGAGGAAGACCCGUUGAUACAACCGGUGGUCCUGGAGUAGAUUCACAGGGUAGACCAUUGGGACCUGGAGGAAGGCCAGUGGAUACAAUCGGUGGACCCGGAGUCGAUGCGUUUGGACGACCUUUGGGACCUGGCGGUAGACCAGUAGAUACAACUGGUGGUCCUGGAGUCGACUCGUUUGGUAGACCAUUGGGACCUGGGGGCAGACCAGUGGAUACAACCGGUGGUUCCGGAGUAGACUCAUUCGGCAGACCAUUGGGACCUGGGGGACGACCAGUAGAUACAACUGGAGGUCCUGGAGUUGAUACGCAUGGAAGACCAUUAGGACCUGGAGGAAGGCCAGUAGAUACGACCGGAGGUCCUGGAUUUGAUUCACAAGGAAGACCAUUGGGACCCGGAGGACGGCCAGUAGAUACCUCUGGAGGCCCUGGAGUCGAUGCUCAUGGAAGACCUUUGGGACCUGGAGGCCGACCGGUAGAUACGACAGGUGGUCCUGGAGUCGAUUCGUUCGGAAGACCAUUGGGACCUGGAGGAAGGCCAGUAGAUACGACCGGAGGUCCUGGAUUUGAUUCACAAGGAAGACCAUUGGGACCCGGGGGACGACCAGUAGAUACCUCUGGAGGCCCUGGAGUUGAUGCACACGGAAGACCAUUAGGACCCGGGGGAAGGCCGGUUGAUACCACCGGUGGACCGGGAGUCGAUUCGUUUGGAAGACCAUUGGGACCUGGAGGAAGGCCAGUCGAUACAUUCGGUGGUCCCGGGGUUGAUUCCCAGGGAAGACCGUUGGGACCCGGAGGAAGACCAGUAGACACAACCGGUGGACCAGGAGUAGAUUCAUUUGGAAGACCGUUGGGACCCGGCGGGCGACCAGUAGAUACGAUUGGUGGUCAUGGAGUUGAUGCGUAUGGAAGACCAUUAGGACCCGGCGGAAGACCAGUAGAUACGAUCGGUGGCCCAGGUGUAGAUUCUUUUGGAAGACCAUUGGGACCUGGUGGAAGACCUGUGGAUACGACGGGAGGCCGAGGACCACAACCGCAUGUCGUUGGACCACCAUUGAGCGGCGUUGGGACUACUCAUGGCGGACAAUCUAUCUACCAUACGGGUCACUCUGUCACCCUUCCAGGACACGACCAUACUGUCGUUAACCCUACCGGAGGCCUUACGGUACUCGUUGGAACCGGUAGUCCAAAGCAAACAGUGAUUGGAUCUGACAGCAGGUUGGAUGGGCACGGUCCAGUGAAAAUAUUAUCCGGACCAGCGGAUAGCAGUGGCCCUCCCAAGCAAACUGUUUACGCUCAUCCUGGAGGAGUCACCGUUCUGGUCGGUACCGGAGGUCCUCAUCAAACUGUGCACCACUUGCCCGUCUCGGGGUACACUUCCGGUGGUCAUGCAGAAUCGGGUUAUGCCACAACGGGACCGGGACAGCUUCACACAGGCACUGGUGUAAUCCAUCCAGGAGCUACUGUCGGAACCGGUGCUGGAUCAGGCGUUGCCACUGGUACAGGACAAUGGCCAUCUGGUCAGCAACCCGGAGGUGGUCAAUACCCAGUGGGUCCAGGUGCAUCGGUUGGACAGUACCCAUACCAAGGAGUCGGAACAGGUAGUGGAGUUGGUACUGCUGCUGGUACAGGACAAUGGCCAUCUGGACAACAUCCUGGAGGAGUUGCUCAGUACCCAGCGGGACCAGGAGGAGUUGGUGGACAAUAUCCGGGAACAGGUGUAGGGCAAUACCCAGGAACAGGUGGAGGACUUCCGGGUGGAGCAUAUCCAGGAACCGCCGGUCAAUAUCCGGGAGGUACCUCACAUAUCCCUGGAGGUGGUGUACCUGGGUAUUAUCCUGGAACGGGAUCAGGACAGCAUCCCGCGGGAACUGGUCAAUAUCCUGGAACAGGUCAAUACUACCCUGGAGGAGCUGGAGUGGGAGUAGCUGGAGUAGGAGGCGCUGGCAGCGGACCAGGAGUUUCUGGCACUGGCGGCGUUGGUCAACACGGAGGACAACAGGGCGGAGGAGUCGGUCAAUAUCCUGGUACGGGAGUCACUGGAGGUCCAGGAUAUCAAUACCAGCCGGGAACAUCUGGACAGCAUCCCGCAGGAACGGGUCAAUAUCCCGGAAGCAGCGGAUUACCUGGAGCAGGAACAGGUCAAUACUACCCUGGAGGAACUGGAGCGGGUGGCCUACCCGGUGGCGCUGGUCAACAUGGAGGCGGAGUAGGAACAGGGUUGGGUCAACAAGGCGGAGUAGGAACAGGAUUGGGUCAACAGGGUGGAGUUGGUACAGGUUCGGGUCUGCAGGGCGGAGUAGGCACAGGAUUGGGUCAACAAGGCGGAGGAGUCGGACAAUACCCUGGUACUGGAGUUUCCGGUGGCCCUGGAUAUCCGGGUACUGUAGGAGCGGGUCAAUACCCCGGUGUAAGCGGCUUACCUGGAACAUCCGGACAGUAUCCCGGAGGUCAAUAUCCCGGUACAGGAGCCGGUGGAGUUCCAGGAUAUUCUGGAUACCCCGGAACGUCAGGGGCGGGUCAUUAUCCUGGAACAAGUGGAACGCCAGGUGCAGGAACAGGUCAAUACUACCCCACAGGACCAGGAGUGGGAGGAGCUGGUGCAGGAGUCGCUGGUACCGGCGGUAUUGGGCAACACGGCGGACAGCUAUCCACUGGCGCAGGAGCUGGAGUAGGACAGCAAGGCGGUGGAGUCGGCCAGUAUCCCGGCGCAGGAGCUCCUGGAGGAUACCCGUACCCUGGAACAUCAGGUCAAUAUCCCGGAACCAGCGGAAUACCUGGUGCAGGAACAGGUCAAUACUACCCAGGAGGAACCGGAAUGGGAGGCUUACCUGGCGGCGUUGGUCAACACGGAGGUCAACUGUCAACCGGAGCAGGAACUGGAUUGGGACAACAGGGCGGAGGAGUAGGUCAAUACCCCGGUACUGGAGUUGCAGGCGGACCUGGAUAUCCGUACCAACCUGGAACUUCAGGACAGUAUCCCGGAGGUCAAUAUCCCGGAACAGGAGCUGGUGGAGGUCCAGGUUAUACUGGAUACCCUGGAACGUCAGGUGCGGGUCAAUAUCCCGGAACAAGCGGAAUGCCUGGAGUAGGAGGAGGUCAAUACUAUCCAGGAGGAACUGGAGCGGGUCAGGCUGGCGUGGGAGGCGCCGGUAUUGGACAGACUGGAGGUGUGGGAACUGGUGGAGUCGGAGUAGGCCAGCAAGCAGGAUACCGUCCAGGUCAACGGCCCUCGUCGGUAGACCAGUAUCCGAGCACGAUACCUCAAGGUGGCGUUGCUCAGGGAGGACAAGGCGGCGGUGAUGCGGCCAACGUCCAACUGAUCGGUGAUGACGAUGAUUCCUUCUCCCAGGCCGAGACUUCGGUAAAGAACGGCGAAGCAAUGGCCAGUGCGCAGGGACGCAAGAACGGUGGAACGGCACAAACGCAGGUCUCGGGAACGUACACGGCGACGGGAUCGUUCAGUGCCAGCGCUCAGACAAGUGAUAGCGACCGGUCUGCACAGUCGCAAGUAUCGGGCGGUAAAGACGGAGCGUUGAGUUCGGCUCAGGGCACCGGUGGUAUCGGUAAAUCCCAGUCCCAGGUUCAAGUCAACUCAAAAACGGGAGGAACGUCCGCUACAUCCCAGAGUGGAGGGUUGGGUCAUGAAAGUCAAUCGGAGGUCGUGGCAAACGAAAAGGGAGGUCUUGCGGAUGCGCAGUCCAGCGGACCUGGACAGACCUCGUCGCAGGCUCAGAUCGGAUUCCGUCCGCAAGGAGAAGACAACGGUCAGGUGAACAUCUUCAACGGAGGAGGACAAGCGUCGGCUCAAUCUGGGGCACACACUGGACAGAGUCAGUCGCAGAUCAGUGGAAACUUCAACUUUGGUAUUUCGUACCAUGGUGCUGCCCAGGCAGCAUCCGGAAACAAGGAACAGGUGUCGCGCUAUCGGGAGAAGGGAAAGCAGCUCUUCCAGUCUAUUGGUCUGUUUGGAAAGACCAACAACGGAGCUUCGGUAAGGCGAGAAUCGGAUGUGGUGGAUCCUCAAGGUCUGCGGUUACGAACAUCUCAGCAAAGUGCAGUGUCCGACUUCCAAAGCUUGAUACCGAAGCCCAACGAGGAACCCGAGUACGAAGAGGAGGACGAAGAGUACGAGGAAGACGACUACGAAACGACCGACACCAUUCCGGUAGGAGCCAAAGCAAAGCCUUUCAAGCCACCCAGCGAUGACGAGGAGAAAAAGACGACGAUCGUCGAGCUGCCACCGCCGACACUUCCAGCGCUCGUUACGACGGUCCGCCCCAACAGGAACUACAACAUAAACAACGGAAACGGCAAAACGUUCUCGCAGAAUGCUCCCACCCAAAAGCAGACUGCGGUAGUGUCCAACCUGGACAAGUACAAGGUGGUACAAACGCAAAACGGCAAAACGACGGUUCACGACGCGGCCACGGAAGCGAUUCCCACCGGAUUCAGUGACAUCCACGGACAGCAGACCACAGUCCUGCAGCAGGAAUUGUCGACACCGGGUGCGACCGUUGAAGUGCCCAGCACAACGCCCAAGCUGAACACGCGCUACCUGCCGUCGAAGCACCUGGACGCCAACGGUAACCGAAUUCCGGCCGGAGGAUCGGCAGGCAAGCAUCAGCCCAACCCGGACAGCUACAUCUCUGUGACGAAGCAGGUCACGGGCAUCGAUGAGAACAGCAAGGUUCCGGCGAUUCCGGGCAAGAACUACGAGUCGACGUACUACACCAAAUCGUCCACCUGCGGGUACUUUACGUUCUCCUGUAACAUCGUGUACGGGGAGAACGGACGGAGCAAAAUCUGCCGACCCAAGCCCCCGACUAACGGGAAGUGUUAGGAGGGAGUUCGCAUUAGGAAAUAGUAGUAGCAGCUAAGCCUCACGUAAACUGCCAUGUUGUUUGUAGCAAACAAGUUUUAAAAUGCCACGUGGGUUUCUUUUCGAUAUAAGAUGAGAAUCUCAUUGUUGGCAUGGACGCAAACUGCCAACACAAAACCAUAUCAUUUCCGUAAAGUGGGUAGAUCUAUUUCUGUAUUUGUAGUAUUCAGGAUUUUCUCCGGAUCUUGCUAAAUUUUAGGUUAUAAUCACGGUUCAUUACGCGAUCAGCAUUGUUUGUAAACAGGUAACCUCAAAUGUCAAAGCAACUACUCUUAUUAUUGUCUUUUGCCAGCAGAACAUCACUAAACUUUUCGGCACCCUCAGCAAAUGUCAAUACAAAUUGCUGCCGGAUCUUUUUCCGAAUCUCUCCCGGAAAAGAUCCGGCAGCAAUUUUGUAAGGUUUGACAUUUGCGGAGGGCACCAAAAAAGGUAAACAAAUCACUUCGUGCAUCAGCCAAUUGAAGAAUUCGACGACAUUUUUUCCGCUAGGUUCGCUGUUGUUCCAGCGGUGUUCGGAAUGACAGCCCCCAUACAGUUUGAGCAGAUUUUAGGGAAAAUCGCGUUUAUAAUGAAAAAUCAAGCAUUUUCAGAAAAGUGGGGUAUUGCAAUGUGUGGCAAUUUCGCUAACGAUCAUAAUGCGUGGUGAUUUGUAGUGAUUAAUUGUGACUGGUAUUUUAUUUAAACGAUUUUUCUAAAAAGAUGAUCGAUAUUUUGGAUAACUUGAGUUAAAUGUUGCACAAGUUAAAAGUAAUGAUGAAAUAUUAUGUAAAAGUGUUUAUACUUUACUUUUCUUCCCGUUUGACCAAAAUAUUGACCUUCAAAAUGCAUUUUGGUGAUUUUUUGGAAAUUUUUGGAAAAAUUCGAAUAACUGGCAAUUUUUUGAGAAAAUUAUUGUAAUUAUGCUGUAAUAUGACUCUAAUAGUUUGUUCUAUCAAUAAUACACACAUAAGGAGCAUUAUCAAUCAAAUAAAUCUUAUUUAAAUCAAUUUUUCAAAAGAUCUUUUUGGUAAAUUUGAGGAAAAAACAUGAAAAAUUACUUCAGCCCCUAUGGUUUAUAAAUCAUUCGAUUCGUUUAUGCAAUUGCCACACUUUACAAUAACUUUCAUCGACGUUAAAAAAUAUUUGAAGGAAAUAAAAAUCAAAAACUGCAAAAAAAAAAUAUUUCCAAGCACGCUGUCAUUCCGAACAUCGUUGCGUAGUGCUUCUACUCGUCACCAGGAUGCGUGCACGUUUCUGUCGAAUCUCUCAAUGAGCAAAUAGGUAAAAAAACUGUAUAACAAUAAAUGUCAUCCAAUGUUUUGACAACAAUUAAUGUCAAACUAUAGAGGUUUCAGAUUGUUUACCUUUUUGACAGUUAUGGUGGCGUGGUAUUGCCGCGAGUAAAUCGAUCGUGACACCUGUCAAAAAUAGUAAAUAUUCUGAUCAGAUUACAACAAAUAUAACAGAAAACAAACUCGUUUUUUGCUGAUUCACAAUUCUAACAGAAUGACAGUCAGCUGUCAAAAGGAGGCAGCUUGCAGAGAUCACUUUUUUAUUGUGAUAAGUGGAAAUGAUAAUAACUGGAGAUAAACUGAUUCAGGCCUAACGCUAUGUUUACAAAAAAUGCUGAAACAGUGUUACCGAAUGAUUGAUUCUAAAGUCAAGUGGUAUUUCGAAGAAGUCCGGAAAUCCUACAAGGGUGGGAAUAGAUCUAUUGUUUAUUGCUUGCUUGUACACUGAGCCAAAGAUUUAUGUAUUUAGUGGAUGCAAUAAAGUUUUUAUUU